GUCGCAUUUUAGUGCCCUCACCGUUGGCGGAUCGAACUUACCAGGGUUUUGUCCGGUUUGUUUCGCACAAAUUACCGCCGUUUUCUUGUUCGCCAACCCUUGGUUUCCCGCGCUGCCGUCUCAGCCAUCUUCAUUCUCAGCAGAGCUUAGAAACAAAUGAACUAACCCAUGGCAUCUCCUCCAUUUCUAGAUACUCCCACGACGGCGAGCACCCCAAAAUCCCACUUUAAGCGAACGGUUUGUUUGGCCGAUUGGUGGUUGGUUAAGGCCGAGAACGACUGCCAAGGGAGACGACUUGCAGUCUCCGGCUACACCAGCCGAGGGAAUGACGCCAUGAGAGUCUUUUCAUCUGCCCCAAUCAUGAAGAGAUAUGAUGUUUUCACUGUUGAGACUGCAGAUGGGAUAUGCGUCAUGUUCAAAGGAUUCAUAAACAAAAAUCUCACAGAAGAAAAUGGAUUUCCGGCUGACGUAUGCAACCAUUUUGUUUAUGGCUUCCCGCCACACUGGAAGGAGCUCGAGGAAAAUAUCAUGGCUGAAAAUCAACACCCAUCUGUAGACAACUGUGAAAAGGAUUUGGGGUCACAAUACUUACAACAAGAGAUCGAUGUCCCAGGAAAACAAAAAGGCAAUGAUAAUGAAUCUUCAGCUGUUUCACCUGAAAGGUUUGAGAAGGAAUCUUAUCCUAGAACCCGUAAUGUUGAAGAUCAAACCAUUCUCGACGGGCAUGUGGACUGUGGGAACACUGAAAUGGAGUUAUUGUCAAAAUCGAGCAUUGAGGCAAACAUUGGUAUCUCAGCUUUUACUGAUAAGGGUCUAGAUGGUACUAGAGGUGAUGCUAGGGGAGGAAUCAUUUUACCAUGUCAAUUACGUAAUAAGCCAACUGAUGACAUGAAGGAGAUGGAGUUGGACAAAGGCAAUUGCAGGAAGGCCAAAUUGGAUAAGGGCGUGAACAACACAUCUCGAGAGAGUUUAUCCCAUACCGUGGGUAGAGCGAGAACACGUUCGAUGACGAGGUUGAGAAUAACACAAGAAGAAAGCAAAGGAUCAUCUGUGGGCCCUAAAGCAUCAACAUCUGUUGAUUGUGAACCUGAAGAAGGAAGAGGCAGUGAGAACUUUGAGGUUUUCGAAUUUAUUGGGGAUAAAGAUGAAAUAGAAUCGAGCAAGACUGAUGUUGGCUGUGUUAAGGAUGAGGAGUUGAAAAUUUCGAGGAGUCGUAAAAGGGAUAAUGACAUUAAACAGGUUAAAACUAAAGGAAACAUCAAUAAGGCGAAAAGGGUAGGGUCUAGUACAACAAAUAUGCUUUCUGCUGCAGAUAAUCAAGAGGAUAAUGUAGUUCCUGAUGUACAUACUUUACCAGAUAGUGCAAAAUCAUUGGACAAGAAGACCAGAAGAAAAUUAGAAAAUGUAACUCCAAAAGGGGAAAAAGAUAAAGUAUGUAUUUCACCUCAGGGUAUGAGUUUUAGCCGAUCUAAAUCAGGGAGAUUGCGGAUGCCUAGCUUGGAAUUUUGGCGUAACCAAAGAGCGGUUUAUGAUCCGGACGGAACACUUACUGGAAUUAAAGGCAUACUCCUUGAUCAGCAAGGAAAAGGUAUGUUACUUGUGAUUAUGUGCAUUGGUGGGUAUUUUUGUUUGUUCGUGGUGGAAGUGUUAUGCCGCAAACUGGGAAAACUUAAAAUUUUGAAGUUCAUCUCCGUCCAAAACAAAGAGAAGAAAAGCAAGGUGAAGGGUAUCUUACCACUGUAGUAUUUGUUAAUAAGCUUUACUCUUCUGUUGGAUUCAGUUUUUCAGUGCCUAGUCAGCUGCAUGCUAAUUGUAUUUAUCUGGUUGGAAUGCCACUUUGUAGGACGGUCUGUAUGUAAUUUAAGUUUGAGUUUAAUGGCAUGAUUGGAUAUAAUAGUCAACGAAACCAUGCAAGUAAAUCAGAUGUUGGUUGUAACUCUUGAAUAAUUAGUCUUGUAAAUUCUUGCAUUAUAUCGUGGAUUAUGGUCCAUUGUGCAAUGUGGACCUUAGUUUCAAAACGAUAGUAUUGUUUUGUCAUUUAGUUUAAUAGCAAUAUUGUAACCCUUUGUAUAAGGUGGAUCACG